AUUAAAAAGGUUAAGGAAAAACAAAAAUGAUGAUGAAGUCGUUGAUCUGUCUCUCUCUCAUCCUCCUCCCACUUGUCUCCGUCGUGGAAGGUCUCGGUGGUGGUGGUCUCGGUAGCCGGAAGCCGAUCAAGAAUGUAUCCGAUCCGGACGUGGUUGCGAUCGCCAAGUAUGCCAUCGAUGAGCAUAACAAACAAUCGAAGGAGCAUUUGGUUUUCGUGAAGGUUGUCGAGGGAACUACGCAAGUGGUCUCCGGUACAAAGUACGAUCUGAAAAUUGCGGCGAAGGAUGGUGGUGGUAAGAUCAAGAACUAUGAGGCUGUUGUUGUUGAAAAGCUUUGGCUUCAUUCUAAGACCCUUGAGUCUUUCAAGGCGGCAUAGAUCUUUGGAUUUUUGUAGAUCGAUCUCUCUCUGACUCUCUCGGGUAUCCGUAUAUCUAUCUAGCUUUUGAUGAUUUGAGAUUUUGAGACAUUUAUGUUGUUGUUGGUAAUAUUUGUGGAAUAAGAAAAUAAAUUAGAGAUAUGUUU